UAUAAACAAGAAGAGAGAUGGCGCUCGGAGCGUGGACCCGGCGCGGUGAGGGACACUGCUGGUUCCUUCCCCUGCCACUGGGCGGCGCUGGCGUGGCCUCCAUGGGGUGGUGAAGAUAGUGUUAUCAGAAAGCAGGUUAUCUGCAAUCUCCACGUUGUGAUAACCUCCUCUCUCAUUAUUACCAAACAAAACAAACACCAGCCAGGCCAGUAUGGUGUUCUAUGGAGGCGGGAGGAGGAGCGGCCAGCGCGCAAGGCUCAGUGUGCGGCGGCCAGCGGAGCCUCUGCGGCUAGACUGAACGCGUUUUUGUCAAAGUGGUUCGGGUCAAAGCACGCCAGGAUUUCGUUCCCUCAGCGCGCGUCCCCCAAGUGGAAGUGUGGAAGAGGCAAGUUUACGGGCGAGCGGGGGCAGGUGCUUGUGGCGGGGCUGUACGUCAAGUGGCACCGUCAUCACCAGCCCCGUGGUGCCCCUCCCCUCCCCGCCCCUCCCCCUUCACUCGCUGACCCCCGACCCCAUAAUGCCAGAGCGCCCCCGUCCGCGCCAAAGGAAUGUAACGUCUUUGACAAGUGGCCGCAGAAGCGAUACUCCCACGAGAGGCACUCGCGCACGAGCACUCACGAACGCCGCGGCAAAAUAUUCGUAAAAGCCUCAAGGGCCCUCAGUAAAUCAGUACGGGUCAAGCAGUGCCGGACAGUGCCGCCAACUGAACUGUGACAGUGCUGCCUUUAGGAACAUUAAGUGACCACCACCGGCCCGGGAUGGCCCCACCACCACAACCAUCACCACCACCACCGUGCCCGCCGCCACCAUCGGUUGACAACACUCUUAGAUAACGUUCCUGAUAAGACUUAACGGUCACACGCCCAUGGAGGGACGUGUGUUGCCCCGCCCCGCCCCGCCGCCACGCCCCCCCUCAGUCGUCGCCUACACGUCCGCACCGCCAGAGGGAAGAUAUUUAGAGUUCCUCCUCGGGGCAGUGUGAGGCCAUAGCUCCUCGCUGGCUUCCUUUCUUAUGGCGAGUCUGUUCGCUGCAUUACAUCGUACGAUACUGAAACUUUGGUGAAGCCAAGACGGUCUCGGCGCUGCCUCCAGUUUGGUGCAACUGUACACCGCGUUUUCUGUUGAGUGAAGUUCCUUCCAUGACAGAGUAUUUGGAAAUAAGAAAGCAUAAUACACUUAGAAACAGGUGGUGAAGGAAAUCUGUGUGACAAAGGAAACUGAAUCAGAUUCCAAGAUGUACUGACAGGAAGUGAAAAAAAAAUAUAAAAUACACCUGAAAGAAGCGAGUGACUCACUGAAAAGCAUCACGAGUGAGAAGACUUGAAAAUGAGUGUGAUCUAGUGAGUGAGGCGAAGGUAGGUGUCUGAUGGGCGGGUGUUAGCACGCCGCGCCUCACCACCAUGGAGGAGGACGGGACCGCCUGGUACGCUGACGGGGCCCCAGGGACUCAGUCUGUAUUGCAGGAGGGGCCGUCAGACAUGCAUCUAAAGGACGAGACGCCCCUCGAGGGCCCCCUGGACACACACACGCCCAUGGACGCCGCGGACUCUAACGCCCUGACAGCGAUAAACGUGGAGGCUCACGUUACGAGUGGCCACCAGGUGGAGGGACAGCAGGGCGCGCUGCUCCCCCUGGAGGAGGUGGAUGGGUUUUUCACUUCGCUAGACUCCAGUGGGCGCGAACACAGACCCCGCUACUACAGCCACGCCCACAACCCCAGCCCCAGCCACGCCUUGCAGCAGUACCCGCACAACGCCCACGGCCGGGUGGGAACCAGCCCUGUCCGCCCACACUACCCAACGCCCCUGCACGCCACCUGGUUUCCGGAGCACUCCAGGGCUGUGGGCGUGACUCACUCUCCCUCCACGUCAUGGGUGCCGCCGCUCACCUCCCGGCCGCCGCCUCCCGCGCCCCUCCACCACCCGCAUCUCUUCACAUUCCCGCCCACCCCACCCAAGGAUGCCACGCCAGACACCAUUGGCAUGACGGCGGUGGCUCACGACUACAGCUGCGUCACCACCUCAGCGGCCUCGCACGCCGCCCACCAGCAGGGUCUGGAGAUGUCCCUGGCGGAGGUCAAGUCGCCCGCCACCCUGUUGCCCCUCAUGGGCGGCUCCAAACGCGAAGAGGGCCGUGAGUGCGUCAACUGCGGCGCCACGUCGACGCCGCUGUGGCGACGCGACGGCAACGGCCACUACCUGUGCAACGCCUGCGGCCUCUACUACAAGAUGAACGGACAGAACCGCCCGCUCAUCAAGCCCAAGCAGCGCAUGUCGGCCCAGCGGCGGGCGGGCACCAGCUGCGCCAACUGCAAGACCACCACCACCACGCUGUGGCGACGCAACCAGAACGGCGAGCCUGUGUGUAACGCGUGUGGCCUGUACUACAAGCUGCACAACGUGAACCGCCCGCUCACCAUGAAGAAGGAGGGCAUCCAGACCCGCAACCGCAAGCUGAGCUCCAAGUCCAAGAAGAAGAAGGGAAUGCUGGGCUUCCCGGACAUGCUGAAGCCCCUGGACAAGGGCGGCUUUGGCAGCUUUGGUACCGGCGGCUCCGGGUUCGGCUCCAUGUCCCACUACAUGUACGGCGGCCAGAUGCACGGCUCCUCCAUGGCGGGCGGCUUCAUGUCGGCGCCGCCCAUGCACGGCAUGUCCGCCAUGUCGGGCGUCGGGCUCGGCCUCUCCUCCACCUCACAGAUCCAGAUCCCCUCCAGUCUGGGACUGCAGCCUCCCGUGAAUGGCUGGCGAUCUGACUACACAUGACCUGACGUCCUGUCCGUGACCUUAUAGUGGGCGUGAAGACAGAGGAGCCGCCCCAUUGAGCGUGGCACUGGGCGAGCCUGCUGGUGCCACCAUGGCCCCUCUGCCUGCGGUGCCGCCCUCGAGUGGAGGCGGUGCUCCAGGACCCAGCCAGUGCCGCCCCCAGGACCAAUGGCCACAAAUACAUUCCUUUCUUCGACAUGGAACAUUAUUUUGCUUACAAGUUUCCCUUUGUGUCACAUCUGCCCGCCCCCACCGCGGCUACGUGGAGGCGUGGAGGGGUCCCGUCAAGGCUGACGAGUGUUGUUGUCCCUUGGGCUGAAUUGAGUCACAGUAAAAUGUACGGCAGACAUUGCUUUCCGUCGUGCCAGUUGACAAGAAUAGUGACUGACUAAAUAAAUAAAGGUUAUGUACCUAAGCCAAUCACAAUAGUCUGACGUGAAGCAAUGAUGAAACAACUGACAGCUCGAGGUUCGCCAGGAAAAUGGUUCUGGUUCUGCCAAUUAUUUCAAAUGCGAUGGAACAAGUUUUAUAAACAUUUCUGCAUCAGCGCGACGCUGUCACAAAUAUUUACCUGACUCGCACAGCUCCCAGCGACUGAUGCGCCAUAAAGCCUGAACUAUUUUUAAUGUGUUUAGUAUACAAAUAAAAAAAAUAAUUCUUGUUGUGAUGUAAAUAAAAACAUAUAGACUAUCUAAGCCUAAAGAGCAUAUCUGUAAGCACUGGACGCAUCGUGUGUCGGCAUUGUUACUGCCGGUAGUCCAAACACGUCAAGUCAUUCGGCCUCGCGUUCUCCGCUGAGUGUGUUGCGACGUCAUCUGAGAGUCCCCGGCAGAUCAAGAGUCCCGGGCCAGCCAAGAAUCAGGGCAGUAUGUCAGACGCUCAUUUCCCUUCAGUAGGUGCUUGACGCCUGUGGGUGGCGGUGAAGGUGGGUGAGGCUUGGCGCCCACACCUGACAUCCCCGAGCCUCGCCACACCAACAUACAAAUUAUUAUCGUGCAUUAUAUUCUCUCUUUUGCCGACUUUGUCACGGUAAAUUUGGCAGCUUGGGACGCGAGGCCACGGUAACACUGCCACUGAUACUCUCGCUUAGUGAUUCGUCUACGUAAUAUUCACUUUUUUUUCUCUAUAACAUACGGCAAGUUUAUUCCUACAAAAAGUUUAAUUAUAAGACACUUGAUCAUUUCAUCUGAAUAAUCCUGCACCUUAUGAUUACGUGAGGAUUUUGAUAGAAAUAAAAUAUUAGUUUGCUGCAUGUUCCUUUACAAGACCCAAAAUUACCAGUCAAUCAACGAGUGAGAGCAUCAGUCACUGGCAGUGUCACCGUCCUCCCACGCCCUCAUGUGAUAAAAUUAUUGUGACAGACUUGGUGACGAGGGGUAUAUGUAGUGACGAUGCUGUAUUUGACUAAGAAAAACUUUCUAAACAACGAAAGAUUUAUAAGUAAUGUAUCAUAACUAAGACUACAUGAAAACAAAUUUGAAUACCAAGACUACCAUCAGUACAUUUGUCAUGAUAAAAAAAAAAUAAAUAAAUAAAAAAAUACAAAGUGCGAUGCAUCAAUAUAUAUUUUCAAAAUGUCUGUGUAUACAAUAAUUUCCCAUUUUAUUUUGCAUUAUAUUUCUUCUUUCACUUAUGAGUGUUUCAGAAUCUCCGUUGGUUUAGCAAGAGCACGUGAUGAGAGGCAGGAGAAGGAAGGGGAGGAGGGUGUGUAAAAGCAAGUAGUGUCGUGUCUCCAGGCAUUCAUUCCCUUGUGUUACUGUUUCUUAUAUAAUCGUUGUGCUGUAAAUGUUAUGAAAAAAAAAAGUCGUCAGUUGAUUUGUUUUGCUUUAUAUAUAGAACGCCUUGAGUGUCACAAUGCAGUGGUGUGGUGUGGUGUGAUGGAGGUGUGUGUGUGUGUGUGUGUGUGUGUGUGUGUGUGUGUGUGUGUGUGUGUGUGUGUGUGUGUGUGUGUGUGUGUGUGUGUGUGUGUGUGUGUGUGUGUGUGUGUGUGUGUGUGUGUGUGUGUGUGUGUGUGUGUGUGUGUGUGAGAGAGAGAGAGAGAGAGAGAGAGAGAGAGAGAGAGAGAGAGAAA